AUGAGCAGACAAGUCUGCAAGACAUCUGGCGGCAGGAGCCAGGGCUUCUCUGGCCACUCGGCCGUGAUCUCCGGCAGCAGCAGGAUGAGCUGUGUGGCCCGUACCAGGGGAGCUGGUGGAGGGGCCUGCGGGUUCCAGAGUGGAGCAGGCGGCUUCGGCAGUCGCAGCCUCUACAACCUGGGUGGCAACAAGAGCAUCUCCAUCAGUGUGGCUGGAGGCUCCCGGGCUGGUGGCUUUGGGGGAGGACGCAGCAGCUGUAUCAGUGGCUUUGGGGGUGGCUAUGGAGGUGGCUUUGGUGGUGGCUUUGGUGGUGGCAGAGGAAUGGGAGGUGGUUUUGGAGGGGCUGGUGGUUUUGGAGGAGUAGGUGGUUUUGGUGGAGCUGGUGGUUUCGGUGGAGCUGGUGGUUUUGGUGGAGCUGGUGGUUUCGGUGGAGCUGGUGGCUUCGGCGGGCCUGGUGGCUUCGGUGGGCCUGGUGGCUUUGGUGGGCCUGGUGGCUUUGGCCCAGGUGGCUUCCCUGGGGGAAUCCAGGAAGUGACGGUCAAUCAGAGCCUCCUGCAGCCCCUCAAUGUGGAGAUUGACCCCCAGAUUGGGCAAGUGAAGGCCCAGGAGCGGGAGCAGAUCAAGACCCUCAACAACAAGUUCGCCUCCUUCAUUGAUAAGGUGCGGUUCCUGGAGCAGCAGAACAAGGUCCUAGAGACCAAGUGGAAUCUGCUCCAGCAGCAGGGCACAAAUUCCAUCACAGGCACCAACAACCUCGAGCCCCUUUUUGAGAACUACAUCAACUCCCAGAGGAGCUACCUGGACAGCAUCCUGGGGGAGAAAGGCCGCCUGGACUCAGAGCUGAGGAACAUGCAAGACCUGGUGGAGGACUUCAAGAAGAAAUAUGAGGAUGAAAUCAAUAAGCGCACGGCUGCUGAGAAUGAAUUUGUGACCCUGAAGAAGGACGUCGACGCUGCCUAUAUGAACAAGGUGGAGCUUCAGGCCAAGGUGGAUGCCUUAAGGGAUGAGAUUAAUUUCUUGACCACUCUCUACGAAAUGGAGCUGUCCCAGAUGCAGAGCCAUGUCAGUGACACAUCCGUCGUUCUCUCCAUGGACAACAAUCGCUUCCUGGACCUGGAUAGCAUCAUUGCCGAGGUCAAGGCCCAGUACGAGGAGAUUGCCCAGAGGAGCAAGGCUGAGGCAGAAGCCCUGUACCAGACCAAGUUGGGUGAGCUGCAGACCACGGCCGGCAGGCACGGGGAUGACCUGAAGAGCACCAAGAGUGAGAUCUCAGAGCUCAACCGGUUGAUCCAGAGGCUGCGGGCCGAGAUCGAGAAUGUCAAGAAGCAGAGCGCUAAACUGCAGACUGCCGUUGCUGAUGCUGAGCAGCGUGGGGAGAUGGCCCUCAAGGAUGCCAAUGCCAAGCUCCAAGAGCUGCGGGCUGCCCUACAGCAGGCCAAGGAUGACCUUGCCCGGCUGCUGCGUGACUACCAGGAGCUGAUGAAUGUCAAGCUGGCCCUGGAUGUGGAGAUCGCCACCUACCGCAAGCUCCUGGAGGGCGAGGAGUGCAGGAUGUCUGGAGAGUGCCAGAGUGCUGUCAGCAUCUCCGUGGUCAGCAGCAGCAGCACGACGUCGGCCUCGGCAGGUGGUUAUGGAGGCGGAUUCGGCGGUGGCAUCGGCGUAGGAGGCGGCGCAGGCGGCGGCUUUGGCGGGGCGGGCGGCAGCGGACUGGGGGGCGGCAGCGGUUUCGGCGGCGGCAGUGGCCUUGGCGGCGGCAGCGGCUUCGGAGGUGGCAGUGGCUUCGGCGGCGGCAGCGGAUUCGGUGGCAGCGGCGGCUUCGGCUCUGGCUCCGCUGGGCGCUGCGGGGUCAGCGGCGGAGGCUUCAGCUCGGGCAGCAGCAGUCGCGGCGGCAGCGUCAAGUUCUCUCAGUCCUCCCAGCGCUCGUCCAGAUAAAUACCGCGCAGGGCCACCGCAGCCAGCCCAGCGCCUCGCGUCCCCAUCUGCUCCUCCACUCCGACAUCAGCAGCACCCUUGGCGCCCUUCCCCACCCCCGCCCCGGGGACCCGCUCUUUGGGGCCCGAAGACCAGGACCUCUUGUUCCUCCAUCCAAAUCCCCGACCAAGCACAGCCAUGAGAAUCUCGUGCUGUGGCUCCAGCCUGUGCCUGUGAUUGUCCACGUGUGGCCUCAGCUACCACCUUCUGCUGCCCUUGGGGCUCCUUCCCUGGGCGGAAUGGUCAACACGAUUUUGAUGUAUAUAACAACCAGGCCCCUCUGCCCAUCCAUUCUGUCGCCAA